AUGGCAGUACUGACCAAGACAGACUCCGAGGUUAGCAGCCUCUCCCAGUCCUCACCGCCCUACUCUCCCCGCCGGCCCAUCUACUACGUCCAAAGCUCGUCCCGCGACUCCUCUCACGACGGUGAGAAGACCACCAACUCCUUCCACUCCAGCCCCCUCCAAAGCCCAUUGGGCUCUCCGCCCCACUCCCAUUCCAACUCCUCGUUGGGUCGCCACUCCCGUGAGUCCGCCUCCACCCGCUUCUCUGGCUCCCGCAAGAGCAGCUCCACCAACCGCAAGGGCCUAUGGAGGCCUUGGAAGGACCACUUCCACGCCAUCAAAGAAGAGGGUCUCCUCGACGCCCACGACAAUGCCCACCAUGGCUUCCCUCGUCGCUGCUAUUUCCUUGCAUUCAUCCUCGCCUUCCUUCUUCUCUUCUCCUCUUUCUCUCUCAUUCUCUGGGCCGCAAGUCGCCCCCAAAAACCUGCCAUUUCACUCAAGUUCGCCUGCGACCGCUUGAUGGCCGCCAUGAGCGAGUUCGACACCGGCGGCUCCUCCUCGCCGCCGCCGCCGCCCCCUUGGAGCGGUGGUGAAGCCGGAACAAAGGCUGGGGUGCAGUGGAAGAAGAAGAAAAGAUUUGGGGGCUGUGUGCGGUUACGAAAGGAUUUAGGGUUUUUUAAACCCUACGAAGCCAUACUGCCUCGGUUAAUUCGAAAUCGAGGCAUAUUGUCUUACUAUAUGCCUCGGUUGGCAAUAGACCCGAAGCAAAAAGAUGCGAGAACUCCCCGUGGUCAUCAAGGUGAUGGAGGUUCUGUUGCUUAG